AUGGCCAUCGCCGCUCUUCCUGAAGCAACCAUUCACCUGCUCGGCUCUGCUCAAGCUCUCACAACUCCUACAUCCCUCGUCAAAGAGCUCAUUGACAAUGGUCUUGAUGCAAAGGCAACAUCUAUUGACAUUCUCAUCUCUCAAAACACCAUCGACAAGAUUGAGGUUCGCGACAAUGGCCACGGCAUUCCGCAGCAAGAUCUUGACGCCCUUGGUCGGCGAGGACAUACCAGUAAACUGCGUUCCUUUGAUGAUCUGAAAGCUAUUGGGGGUGUCAGUCUGGGUUUCCGUGGUGAGGCUUUGGCCAGCGCUGUUCAGUUGGGAGAAGUCUCUGUCACUUCGAGGACAGACGCCGACCCAGUGGCAACCACAGUAAAAUUGAAAGCUCCUGGAGGUAUCGAAAGUCAAAGCCGCAAAUCACAUCCUAUUGGUACUACGGUCUGCGUUCUCAAGUUCUUAGAGAAAAUUCCGGUCAGAAAACAGACGACUCUCAAAGCAGCCCCCAAGACACUCGUGAAAGUCAAAGAGCUUUUGCAAUCUUAUGCACUCUCCAGGCCGUCGAUUCGAUUCACCCUCAAGGUUAUCAAGGGAGCCAAGGGCUCCUGGUCAUUCGCACCACGACCGAAUGAUGGCAUCAAAGAAGCCGUUUCACAGGUCAUUGGACGAGAUGCGGCGGGGCAGUGUAUGGAAAAGUCGCUGGUGUUUUCUGAAUCCCAGUCUGGCGAGGCGAACGCUAGUGAAAGUCUCACCGAAAAGCAUCAGUUGUCGAACGAUCAGUUUUUAGUAGAGGUUUUCCUUCCGAGACCAGAUGCUGACCCCUCGAAAUUCGGGCACGGUCAAUUCAUUUCCGUAGAUUCUCGGCCAGUGUCCCAUGAGAAGGGUACAAUGAAGAGGAUUGUCACUAUUUUUAAACAUUGCCUAAAGGCGGCAUUUGAGGAUGGAUCUGAAGUCAAGAAUCCUUUUAUUCGUUUGAGCAUUACUUGUCCUGUUGCAAGUUACGAUCCCAACGUAGAGCCUACAAAGGAUGAUAUUCUUUUCUCGAAUGAAUAUCUUGUGUUGGAAGCUAUUGAAGGUCUGUUUAGAACCAUAUAUGGCGAGAGUAAGCCUGUAUCUACUAUUAGACCUCUACAUCCUCCAGUCCAAAAGCUUGACAAGUUCGAGUUGCUUCUUGCUCGGAAGCCUGUGGAAUCCUCAACGAAUCGCAUACAAUCUUCGCCCAGCGAUACGGGUGCUCCCAUGGAGUUACCAAAAGGUCUGCUAGUUCCAUCCCUGCCGUCUCCAAUAAACAGUGAUCCCGUCAUGGGGACAGAUAACUUGGCUCAAAGCAUUGAGGCGAGUAAAGAUGAAGCAGUUGGAAACCGACGCAAAUGGGGAUUUGGCAUGUCAAAAGACUUUACAGAAGAGAAUAGAGGACCCGCAAGAGCCAGUCAUCCCAGCAAAUUCCGAAGUCCAAGGCCUACAGAGAAGUCAGCUCCAACGAACACAUCAUCCAAUCCUCUUAAUCCUUGGCUUAUUGCGAAAUUAGUCGCCCCUGUGCAACAGGAUAACCACAACAAGCUUCCUACACCAUCUGACUCGCACAACUUAGCUGCAGAGCCUUCGGAAACCUCUACUCAGAUAUCUAGUCAACUAUCCGAUCCUAUGCUUUUAGAUCUUAAUCAUUCAGAAAUACCAAACGCCUCCAGAUCACCAAGGCGACGAUACAGCAAUGAGAUUCUCAGAAACCCUGACCACUCAAUGGCAGAUACCUUGCCUUUUCAACACCAUAAUCAACCGCAGCGAAGAUAUAGCAAUGAAGACAUGCGGGGUGGCAGGCCACCAUUAGGAGCUGCUGACUACGAUGAGUUGUUUACUGUUGAGGAACGAGCACCUCAGGUUCGACGGCGAAACGAUUUUGUCUCCGCCAGGAACUUGCCGGAAAAUGCCUUCGUAUCACCACCUGCGACACAGCGCUUGAAGGGUGCGAGGAGAUCGAAUGGUGUGAACAAACCUUUUGCACCACCACGAACUAUUGGCAGAAAUACCAUACAAUCUGAUGGAUUCCGUCAGUCAACAUUGCUGGAUGGGUAUCCGGCACAGAAUGGUAACGGGCAGGAAAGACCUCAGAUGGAGGCAAAUCCCGAGCUUGAAUGGGCCAUGGACUACGAACAAAGAAAAGAGAAAGCUACUCAACACCAUCGUCAGGAGCGUGGGAAAUACCGACGCGCACGAGCUGAUUCAUCCCAAGGAGACUCCGGUGAAAGGGCUCGAUCCUCUCCGCAUAAGAACCGCUACAUCUCUGCCGUUAAAGCCCUUGAAGCUGAUGCAAUAUCGUCACGAAAUGGUGCACGAGUGGUUGAACAAAUCAGGACCACUCUGGCCGAUGGGGAUCCGCGUGCCUAUUUCAUGAAGCAGCAGAAACUGAUGGCCGUUCCGAAUGGAGGUCCGCUGAAGCUAUCCCGCGCCAAGUCCAUGAAGCUCCCACUGGAACUAAUUCCUAAUAAUUCACAAACUCACCAAUUGCUUCUGACACUUGCGACCAAUACCGACCGCCUUCGAAGCCUCAUGAUGAACACAGCUAAGUAUGAUAUGUAUGCCGCCCAUGGAAGUCAGCCGACGGGCCUUUCAAUUGAUGCCUCAAGCAUGCCAGCACUAACGAGCAGGACUCAAGCUGUCGUCGAGAAGUGGAUGGAUGCCGAGGAGGAGAGGCAGUGUGAAGUGGAAUAUAAGUUUGGGAAUCUUCUCGGUGGAGGCCUAAGUGUUGCUUGA